CCCCAACCAACAUUCCUUCGUCUUCUAACGUAGUUUUAGACAUACUCCUCGAGGGUUUUUUUUCGGUCUCUAUCGCUGUCUGCUGUUUUGCGCCGCCUGGGUUCACGAAUAACUUUCUUCACACUAUCUCACUGACCUACAUGCUCCACCGUCGGUGUCGAUAAACUACAUAUACUACGAUGGCUGCAACAAACGGCACCGCGGUGCCAAGAGCAGGGCUGACUCUAGCCAUUAUCGGCUGCGGUAUGUCUUGUGUCAACUCUUCUUCAAAUCCUGAAAUCUUGUCGUCACAACUUGACAACACAGAAUGCUGACUUGUUUCAAGGAACCAUGGGCUCAGCCAUUCUUUCCAGGGUCAUGGAGUCAUGUGCAAAGUCGGUGGCCGCAGGCGAAAAAGCUAGGAUUUCACACUUCAUAGCAACAGUAUCCAGUCAGACUUCUGCAGAGGCCUUGCAAACGCGAUUUUCCAAGUUUGGGGAUAGCUUCAAGGUUUCUCGCGACAAUGUUGCCAGUAUGCAAGCUGCUGAUAUCGUCAUGCUUGGUUGCAAGCCUUACAUGGCAGAAACCGUGCUCAAGGUUGCGGGAGUCCGUGAAGCAUUGCAGGGGAAGUUGAUCAUCAGUGUUUUGGUUGGAUCUCCAGUGGAAAAAUUGGCAGCAUUCAUUGAUUCAACCGCACCAAUCAGCGAUUUCUGCAUCAAGAGAGUGAUGCUUAACAUCGCGGCUGAGUUUGGUGAAUCCAUGGCUGUCAUCGAAACCACUUCAAUGCCCGACUAUAUGGAAGAGGAGUCGGAUUGGAUCUUUCGCCAAGUAGGCGUUACUGCUCCAGUUGCUCCUGAGCUUUUUGAUAUUGCGGGCAUUCUUGCUGGUCCCGCAAGUGCAUAUCUGUCGGUGGCUUUCGAUGGUAUUCUAGAUGGGGCAGUGAGCCAGGGUCUCAAAAGAGCUGAUGCGAGAAAGAUGUUGACACAGUCGUUGGUUUCCCUCACCAAAUUGUUGGAAAAUGGGGAACAUCCAGCUGUGUUGAGAGAGAGAUAUUCUAGUCCCAAAGGCACGACUAUUGCCGGAUUGUUGUCGCUAGAAGAAGACAGAGUUCGAUAUGCCUUCAGCAAAGCGGUCGUUGAAAGUUCAAAGCGAAGCGUGGAAAUUGGUCAAUAGAAGUCAGAUGAUGC